UCCUCCUCCUCUUGCUCCUCAGCGUGGAGGUGCGGGGCCACUACUGGCUGUGUUGUUGCGGCACUGGAUGGAUCUAACUAGCAUGUUUGCGGGUGAAGCCUCGGGCGGUGCACACGGAGGGAAAUAAAGCAGGAUUUUUUAUUUUUUUUUAUUUGCUUAUUUUUUUCCCCUCUCACCUGCCGAUCAGUCACCUCCACUGUGACGACAUGUCAAACUCAAACAAAAGCAAGAAGGACAAAGAAAUCCUCGCUGAAUACGAGAGCCAAGUCAAAGAUGUGCGGGCCCAGUUGGUGGAGCAGCAGCGCUGUCUGGAGCAGCAGACAGAGAUGCGGGUCCAGCUGCUCCAGGACCUGCAGGACUUCUUCAGGAAGAAGUCGGAGAUCGAAACCGAAUAUUCCAGGAACCUGGAGAAGCUCGCCGAGAGGUUCAUGGCCAAAACACGCAGCACAAAAGACCAUCAGCAAUACAAGAAGGAUCAGAACCUGCUCUCCCCGGUGAACUGCUGGUACCUGCUGCUAAACCAGGUGAGGAGGGAGAGUAAGGACCACGCCACCCUCAGUGACCUCUACCUGAACAACGUCAUCAGCCGCCUCACGCACAUCAGCGAGGACUCCGCCCGCCUGCUCAAGAGGAGUAAAGAGAUCCUGUUUCAGCUUCAGGAAGACCUCAUGAAGCUUCUGAACGAGCUUUACACCGUGAUGAAGACGUACCACAUGUACCACGUGGAGACCAUCAGCGCUGAGACCAAGCUGCGGGAGGCGGAGCGCCAGGAGGGCCGCGUGAAGGGCACGUCGGGGACGGGCGGAGGGGUGGAGCCCGUGUUCGGCCUGCGGAUAGAAGAACGCCACCAGAGACGCAACGCCGCCCGCAAGAUGGAGAAGAUGAGAGAGAAGAGGAAGGCAAAGUACUCUGAGAACAAGCUGAAGACUCUUAAAGCCAGGAACGAGUAUCUGCUGACUCUGGAGGCCACCAACGCCUCCGUCUUCAAAUACUACAUCCACGACCUGCCCGACAUCAUCGACUGCUGUGACCUAGGGUACCACUCCAGUCUGAGCCGGGCUCUGAGGACCUACCUAUCAGCCGAACUGAGCCUUGAAGCCUCCAGGAGGGCGGGCCUGGAGGUCCUGGAGGGGGCCGUGGAGGGCCUGGACCCGGCCCGGGACCGCCAGCGCCUGCUGGGCCUCUACCCCACCGCCUUCUGCCCGCCACAGCGCUUCAGCUUCCAGGCACACAUGGGAGACGCAGUGACCCAGAUCGCCUCCCAGCCGCAGCUCCAGGCUGAACUCUCCCUCCGCCUCACACAGCUGCAGACCCGCCUGGCGUCUCUCAAGAUCGAGAACGAAGAGGUGAAGAAGACGUGGGGGGCGACUCUGACCACGCUGCAGGACAUGACGGUGCUGGAGGACUUCGACGUGUCCCAGAGCUUCACCCACAGCCCGUCCUCCGAGUCGGUCAAGUCCAGCGUGUCGGACGGAUACUUGAACAAACCGAGUCUGGCCAAGAAACGAGCCAACCAGCACGAGACGGAGCUCUUCUACUUCACCAAAUUUCGCGAGUAUCUGGAUGGAAGUAAUCUGAUCUCCAAGCUGCAGGCCAAACACGACAUACUGAAGAAAGCUUUAGCAGAAGGAUAUAAAGCUGAGCUGCUGACUACCAGUCGUGGGCGGAAGAACUCCCACAGCAAGCACCAGGAUUCAACCAAAGCCAUACCUUUGCUUGUGGAGAGCUGCAUCCGCUACAUCAACCUACAUGGUCUUCAGCAUCAGGGCAUCUUCAGGGUGUCGGGCUCUCAGGUGGAGGUCAACGACAUCAAGAACUCCUUCGAGAGAGGUAACGACCCGCUGAUCGACGAGGAGAGCAACCACGACAUCAACUCUGUGGCCGGAGUGCUGAAGCUUUACUUCAGAGGUCUGGAGAACCCGCUGUUCCCCAAGGAACGCUUCAACGACCUCAUCUCCUGCGUCCGGAUCGAGAACAUGUACGAGAGAGCUCAGUGCAUCCGUAAGAUCCUGCUGGGCGUCCCGAGGGCCACGCUGGUGGUGAUGCGUUACCUGUUCGCCUUCCUCAACCACCUCUCCCAGUACAGUGACGAGAACAUGAUGGAUGCUGGGAACCUGGCCAUCGUGUUCGGGCCCACGCUGCUGCCCACGCCCGACACGCUGGACCAGGUGGCCUGCCAGGCGCACGUCAACGAGGUGGUCAAGACGGUGAUCCUGAACCACGACAACAUCUUCCCCGACACCAAGGAGCUGCCGGGUCCCGUCUACGAGAAGUGUAUGACCGGAGACCAGUACUGCGAGAGUCCGUUCAGCGAGCCGGGGGCGCUGGAGGAGGCCGAGCCCGACGGCGGCACCGAGACCCAGACCAGCGACGAGGAGGGUGAGGGUGUGGAGGCGGUGGCGAGGUUCGACUACGUGGGCCGGUCGGGCCGUGAGCUCUCCUUUAAGAAGGGAGCGUCCCUGCAGCUCUUCCAGCGAGCGUCACAUGACUGGUGGGAGGGGCGCCACAACGGGAACCACGGCCUGGUGCCGCACCAGUACAUCGUGGUGAAGGACAGGGCCGACGUCAUGUCCGACACGCUGAGCCAGAAGGCGGACAGCGACGGCGGCAGCAGCAGCACCGACGACAAGAGGUCCCGCAGCGAGCUGAGCUCCCCGACAGACAUCCGACCCCCCGAGACCUACAACAGGUCCGUCAUCCACCGGAGGAAGCGGACCGACGGUUUGUUCCGCCGCAACCUCGGCCGCUCCAACGACAGCCAUUGCCACGGCAACGGGGGCGUGAUGGAGCGCAGCUCCCCGCCGGUGACGGGUCACUUCAGCCCGCGGGAGCUGCUGCUGGGCCGCGGCCAGGGCCUGACUCCGCCCCUCGACAGCCCCGAGCGUCGCCGCCGAUCCGCCGCCGCCGUUACCAUGACGGUGAGCCGCCACGACUCGCUGCGGCGGCCCGAGGACACGCCCAUCCGCCGCUCCAGCAGCGGGCAGCACGGCUUCAGUGACUCCCAUCGAUCCAGAGCCCUGGACCCCGAUACGCUGGCUCAGGACAUCGAGGAGACGGUGACGGUGGCCCUCGGCGAGCUGCGGCAGCUGGAGCGGACGGGCUGCCGGCCGGCCCCCGACGUGGUGCUGGACACGCUGGAGCAGGUGAAGAACGGCCCCGUCACCACCUGCUCCUCCGAGUCCCCCAGCCCCCACAGCACCCCGAGCACCCCGGGGACCCCGGGAACCCCCGGGACCCCCGGCACCCCGGGCACCCCGAGCCCCCUCAGCCCUCUGAGCCCCAUCAGCCCGCUGCCGGGCCCCCCGCCCGGCCCCCCCAGACCCUCCAACCCUUCCCCGGACACCCUGGGCUCCUUUAAACCCGUGGCAGCUGCUCGCAUGGGGGCCCCGCUGCGGCCCCCGGCCCUCCGCCCCAAACCCAUGGUCCCGCCCAAGAGCAGCACCCCGCCUCUGCCCCCGCCGCUGGACAAAUCCUGCACCAUGUGAGCCAAAACGGGCCGACGAGACGGCCAAAUCAGGCCGACCCGGGCCAAAACUGGGCCAGAAGAGGAGAUCAGGGUUUAUAAUCAAAUACAUGAGGGUAGAAACGGUAGGUAGGACAGAGAAAAAGGGUUUUAAUGUAGUAAUAAACUAUAAUAUAUGACAUGACCUAUGAUAUGAUAUGCCAUGAUAUUUAUGUGUCGUCAGGUUGGUGUGUACUCUCUUCUUGGUGUGUAGGAGUUUACUUUCUCCAUGUAUCGAAGCAUUUAUCAAAGGUUUUAGCUAAAAGAAGUGCUGAUGGAGAGACACGGGAGCGACAGAGAGGAGAGAGAGAGGAAGAGGAGGAGAGUAGUGCAGCUCCGGUAAAAGUGUAGUUUCAGUGACGUGAAUGUUGGCUGUGCUGUCGUGACGACCAGGCGAGCCGAGAGGCGCCUGUCACCAAAAUAAAGGCUGCUGUUUUAUUCUUAAUCCAGAUCGGCUGCUGUAUCUGACGAGAGGCCGAGUGAAGGCAACACCACCACGUCUGCGUGACUUUUAUUAUUAUUAUUGUUAUAAUUUUUAUUUUUUUAUUGAUUUAUUUAUUUAUUUUCCACUCUGUUUUUUCCGCUGCUAAGCUCACUUUCACCUCAAAAACCCACGAAACGCCUCUUGAGGUCGUCAGUGACACCAAACUCACUUAAUUAUUUAUCCUGAUGAAUGUUUCCAGUAUUUAAAACGACUGUUCAGCCAUCUAUCUAUUGAAUGUUCGGCGGGCUGCUGCUGCUGCAGGCGGCUCGCCAAACUUUUUUAAAAACAGCCUUUUAUUGUUGUUUUCUGAAAAAAUAAAGGAGAAGAAGAAGAAGAAGAAGAAGAAGAAGAAGAAGAAGAAGAAGCCCCCCAAACAGGGUGACGGUUGAGUGGUGGAGGGAGCUUGGACAGAACUUUUUUCUGGGACGGGGGGUGGGUGUAUGAUUUUGUUCUUGUUCGCGAGUGUGUCAGAGAAUGAGUGUGUGUUUGUGUGUGUGUGUGUGUGUUUGUGUGUGUGUGUGUGUGUCUCCUGCUUGCCUGCCCUUGUUCUGCUCCUUGUAAGUGCAGCAGAAGCACUAGAAUAGUGAUAGACGAUAGAUAAUUCAUGCCUGCCUUGAGUGCCAGAACACGCAAGUGCAAGUUGGGGGGAAACGAGUGCAAAAAGCAUGCCACUUUCUAUGUGUGUUUGUGUGUGUGUGUGUGUGUGUGUGUGUGUGUGUGUGUGUUCUAUGUGUAGGGCUGGGCGAUAUAUCGAUAUACAAAAAUAUCAAUAUAUUUCUAAAUGUGAUAUGGAACUUUCUUUAUAUAUAAAUGCUGCCCUUACUAGGGUUUGUCAUAUUUAGUUAUUUUGUUAUGGUUGUUAUUCUUUUUCUCAUGUAAAUAUAUUUAUUUAUAAAUAUGUGAUAUAUAUCAGGCCACACCCUCCCAAAAGUCCGCUCACUCUGCGUGUCUCCAUUACAAAAAGGCCCCCAGAGGGAUUUAGAGACUCCGGAGGUAACGUAUGGUUUCGACUGUUGCGUAAUCGCUUAGCGACCGUGACGUCACCUACGCGACAGAUUAAACACGGGAGACUCAACUGUGGCCGCUGUCGCUAACUGUGCACGUCAGCAACUGAUCAUAAACAAAGCAGCAUGGCUAAUUAUGCACACUUACUCUCCAAAAGUCUCCAAUAACACCAGAAAAAGUAGCUGGAUUUGUCUCCAGUCGCUUUCUUGAAAGAUAGUGGCUAAGGGGGUCUGAAAGUCACUAAAUAUAGCAACAAAGUGGUUAAGUUGGCAACACUGCUUCGCCAGCUUUUACAAAUGGCGUGUUGUUGUUGUGGCGUCGAGUACUAUGUCACAUCCUGCUUAGCGUUCUAUCCAAUCAAAAAAAAAAGUCCCGUCAAAAGUCCGCUCCGGUCGGCUCGUUUUCAAAUUAGGGGCGUUUCGACGAGUGAGACCCACCUCAUUCUGGGUAUUGGGCGGUAGUGGAAAAAGCCCUUUAGUUGUUAUUUCUUUAUAUUUUUCUGUUUGUCUUAUUAUUGUGCCAAAUUAGAAAAACUUGAUCCUUCAACUAUUUCAGAAAAAGAUUGGCCUAUUUUAAUUCAUCGGCAUUUUUUACUUAAAUGUGCACUUUAUGGAGCUUUGAUUUUAAGAAAAGAUGCUCCUGUUAUUAUACAGUAUUAAUGUUCACGUUGUCAUAUUUGACUUUGACUGAACAUUUGCUCUCACUUUGCCAUAAAAAAUCUGGAUAUAUAUUGUAUAUCAAUAUUCAGCCUGAAUAUAUCGGCUUUAUAUAUGACUUUUUGGUCCAUAUCGCCCAGCCCUAAGCGUGUGUGUGUGUGUGUGUGUGUGUGUGUGCGUGUGUGUGUGUGUGUGUGAUAAUAAUGGUUUACCUGCUUGUGAAGUCACUGAAGUCACUAGUUAACCUUAAAUUCACAAUAAGCUAACAGGGUGGGGCUUUGUGUGUAAACGCCCAAAAAAACAACAAAAAAAAAAACACUUGAACAGCACACUGAAUGUGGCCUCCAACCAGGCUGGUAACUGAUGUGUGUGUGUGUGUUAGUGUGUGUGUGAGAUGACGUGCCGAGGCUGUGGAUGCACAUAUGUGUGUGUUAGUGUGUGUGUGUGUAUGUGAAAGUGCCUUUUUUUUAAUCCUUCGUCGUUUUUUGGGGGGAAAGUUGUGAAUCCACUCACGCAUGUCCUGAACGAAGAGCAGCAGCACUCUGAAUGAAAUAAUCAUUAAUAAAAAAGUGUUUAUUAGUAGAUUUACUGAAUUAUGAAUUCUAGCAUUAACCCAUUGUGACAUUGCACUUUGAUGUAUAGGAUUGUGUACUUGGCAUGUAGCAUCAUAACAUGUUGGUGCAUUUUAAAAACUUAAAAAGAGGGAGGUUUUUUUUCUUUGAAUGUGUUUCAUAAUAACGAUAAAAAUGUUUUUUUUUGUCUGUUAGUGUUGCUGUAUUUGAGAAACUGAGCUUCCCUUAAAAGACGAGCUCAUAUAGCCAAAUGGAAUCGUAUCGACGUGUUGUAUUUAUAUUAUAAAUAAACCUGAAUAAAUUAGCAUUCAAGUCAUCCGAAAAAUUGGUUGAAACUUUUUUCUUUUUAAAUGAAAAUGUGGCUAAAUGUUUUUUUUGUUCCGAACACUCAAUAAAAACCUCCAGGUGUGUUCUGUAAAA